AUGUCUGGCACACCUAGAGACAAGAAAACACGUCAUCAGCAUGCGGCUCGUAAACAAGCUAGUGAACACCGAACAAGUGGCCAUAGAGACAGUGAUAUCAGAGAUAGAAGAUCUUCAGACAGAGAAUCCUCUCAUCGGGCAUCUCAUGUUUCUGCACCUAAAAGCCGUGUUCUACAAGAAACAAGUGGAAACGUUGGGGCAACAAAACAGACAAAUCGGAAAGGAUCUGAUAUUGCGAAAGUUGCAGCAGGAAUUGAUGUUACUAAGAGGCAAGCACCAAUCCGAAUCAAAUUCAGGGUAGAAAAAGAUCCAAACGCCAGUCUUGAUGAAAUAAUGAAGGAGAGAAUUGUAUGGGCAAACACUGUUAUGGAAGGCAAGAGUGCUCUACAUAGAUCCCAUAUGUCAACAUCACAGGCUCCACAGGAGGAAGCAGCUGGAGACGACUUUGGAAUCGGAGAACUCAGUUUAGGACCUCUACCAAUUACUAUUGGUAUUGUUGCAACAUUCUUCCAGGCCUCAGCUUAUAUUACGUUUGGUACACCAGAACAACAAUCUUCUCGAUGCAAGGUGGUAUUUGAUACAGGCUCUUCUGUACUGUGGAUUAACGAGAGAACAUAUUCACAAAGACUAAUGCAGGGUGGUGCACCUAGAGGCACUGACACCAAUAUGAAGAUUAAUGUAAAGUACAGCGGGCAAAAUCAAUUCCGCGGAAAGCUCACAAAGCAAGCAGUGACUGUUGGAAAUGCAAUAAUCCCAGAGCAAACGUUCGCUGUGGUGGACGACAGGCCAUAUCCUGACUUGCGCGAAUGGAGACAAAGGCAUAAUAUAUCUGGGAUUCUUGGCUUCGGCAAAUCAAAUGCUACAAGAGGCCGGAUUGUGAACUACCCUAACGGAAGGGUAAUCUCUGUUUUAGACAAACUGUUGCAACAGUCAGGGGGUGAGGAAGUUGUUGGCAUGGACAUCCCUAUGCCAGAAGAAUAUUCUGCAUCAGGUGCACCUGCUACUGCCGAAGGCGAAGUUCAUGUCGGCUGGUACAAUGAUAAUUAUACAUAUGAUUGGGUUACUGCACACAGUGGUAAUGCAAUAUACACUCUCGACAUGCACUUUGGACUCGGAGGAACUAGAUUUACAAACGGACACAGAGCCAUCAUGGACACUGGUUCACCAUUCAUCCAUGUCCCGAAUGCUGUUAUGGAAAGCUACAAGAAUCUUAUGAAUCAGGAGGGCCAGAUACUCCAUAAACAUUCAAGCAUUAAUUUAUACUAUAUAUCGUUUGAAGAUUAUCAGAACCUAAAGGACAUAGAAAUUAUGUUCAACGGAGCAUCGGUUCCUCUUCCAGCGUAUAUGCAAGUCAUGCCUGGAGGAGUAGUCAAGCAGUACCUUCCUGCAGCAGAUGCAAAUCGACUAUAUAUUGUUGUUCGUCCUGAAAGCAAUUUAAAUAUCGUUUUGCUGGGAAUGUGCUGGAUUUCCAGAUACUACUUAGUUCGUCACAAACCAACAGGCUCGAUUGGAAUUGCAACGGUACCAUCGAAGACUAACUUCGUCUGGAACAGCAAUGUCGGGGAUAGAGGGUCUUCAGACAGAGCAUCCUCUCGCCAGGCAUCUCUUGCCUCUACACCUAAAAGACAUGCUCUACAAGAUAAAAGUGUAAAUGUUGGUCAGAAAGAAGCAAACCAGACAGACCGAAGAGGAUCUACUACUGUAAAAGCUACAGCAGCAAUUGAUGUUACCAAGAAGCAAGCACCAAAAUCGGCAAUCCGAAUCAAAUUCAAGGUAGAAAGGGACCCCGACGCUGAUCUCGAUGAAAUAAUGAAGGAAAGGAUUGCAUGGGCAAACGCUGUUGUGGGAGGCAAGAGUGCACUACAUAGAUCCCACAUGUCAACAUCACAGGCUCCGCAGGAGGAAACAGCGGGGGACGAUCUAGGAAUGGGAGAACUUAACUUAGGACCUCCACCAAUUACUAUUGGUAUUGUUGCAACAUUCUUCCAGGCCUCAGCUUAUAUCACGUUUGGCACACCAGAAAAAUCUGCUUCAUGCAAGAUGGUAUUUGAUACGGGCUCCUCUGUACUGUGGAUUAACGAGAGAACGUAUUCACAAAGGCUCAUGCAGGGUGGUGCGACUAGAGGCACUGACACUAACUUGAGGAUUAAUGUGAAGUACAGUGGGCAAAAUCAAUUCCGCGGAAAGCUCACAAAGCAAGCAGUGACUGUUGGAAAUACAACAAUCCCGGAGCAAACGUUUGCUGUGGUGGACGACGCGCAGUAUCCUUUCUUGCGGGAAUGGAGGGAGAGGCAUAAAAUUAUUGGGAUUCUUGGCUUUGGUAAAUCAGAUGCUACAAGAGGCCAGAUCGCGAACCAUCCUGGUGGAAGGGUAGUAUCUGUUUUAGACAGAUUGUUGCAACAAUCAGGUAAUGAGGAAGUCAUUGGCAUGAACAUUCCAAUACCAGAAGAAUAUUCUGCAUCAGGUGCACCUGCUACUGCCGAAGGCGAAAUUCAUCUCGGCUGGUACAAGGAUAAUUAUACAUAUGAUUGGGUCACUGCACACAGUGGUAAUGCAAUAUACACUCUUGACAUGCACUUUGGACUUGGAGGAACUAGAUUUACAAACGGACACAGAGCCAUCAUGGACACCGGAUCACCAUUCAUCCAUGUCCCGGGCGCUGUUAUGGAAAGCUACAAGACUCUUAUGAAUCGGGAGGGCCAGAUACUCCAUAGACAUUCAAGCAUCAAUUUAUACUAUAUAUCAUCAAAUGAUUAUCAGAACCUAAAGGACAUAGAAGUCAUGUUCAACGGAGCAUCGGUUCCUCUUCCAAGGCAUAUGCAAGUCAUGCCUGGAGGAGUAGUCAAGCAGUACCUUCCUGCAGCGGAUGCAAAUCGACUCUAUAUCGUUAUUCGUCCUGAAAGCAAUUUAAGUAUCAUUUUGCUAGGAAUGUGCUGGAUUUCCAGAUACUACUUAGUUAGUAAUAGAUCAACCGACCCCAACUCCAUUGGUAUUGCAAGGGUUCCAUCAAAGACUGAUUUCACCUGGAGUGGGCUAUCUUAA